ACUGUAUCAAAAAAGUUGCAUCAGCUGGGGCGGUGAGUUGUGUUUGUUGCAACUUCAUGUCCAGUGGCCGGGGAUUCCCCAGCAGCGCCGUUUCCGAUGAGGUCUGGCUGCUGACUGAGCUGCGAUGGAGCAGGAGGAGGAGAGCCAGGGUUGCGGUGGAGCUGCACUGGCGCCCCAGGUCCCGGCCACAUGCGAGCUGAGAAAAUGCGCUGAGUUGCUGCAGAGCCGGCAACGGGAGCGCAGGACGGCGGCCAUGGACGGCGCUGCACGGGCGGUGCGCGGCUGCCUGGAGCAGGAGGGAGCGCAGGCUGAGCUGCAGCCACUCUUGCUGCUGCUCCUGCGCCUCUCCCGCAGCUGCCCCUUCGCAGACAUCCGGGACAGGAGCGCAGGCAUCCUGCGGGCUGUGCAGGAUCAAAACGUUAAAAUACCUCACCCCAUUGGCCAGGGCCCGAGUUCUUUCAUUCCAGUCAAAGAGAUUCUCCUGGAGGGUCAAGAUGAUGCCGAGAGGCAGCUCUUCAUUGAAGCCUUUAUGUCCACUGGUCGUGUGGACAACGUUACCAUGGUGAUGGGCCUACACCCUCGCUACCUGGAGAGCUUUUGGAAGACUCAGUACUACCUGCUGCAGAUGGACGGCCCCCUGCCCUAUCACUACCGGCAUUACAUCGCUUUAAUGGCUGCCGCCCGUCACCAAUGCGCGUACCUUGUUGGCCUUCACAUCAGCGAGUUCCUGCAGGUGGGGGGAAGCCCCGAGUGGCUGAACGGGUUAAACUCUGUGCCCCAGAAACUGAAGAAUCUCGGCGAAAUCAACAAAAUCCUGGCUCACCGGCCCUGGCUGAUCACCAAGGAACACAUUGAGGAGCUGCUGCGGGCGGGUGAGAACAGCUGGUCACUGGCGGAGCUGAUCCACGCGGUGGUGCUACUCACACACUACCACUCGCUCGCUUCCUUCGUGCUGGGCUGUGGGGUCCGGCCUGACCUCGACCAGGACGGGGGCUUCACCUUCAGACCCCCCUCCCCUCGAAACUGUGACUCCGACAGCUCGUGCAGCAGCAGCGGCUCAGAGGACACCGGCACCGCCAGCACGAGCAGGGAGGAUCUGCGGGAGCUGGAGGUUCUGAUGGAGAAGAUGAGGCUGCUUCAGGAAGGUCGCCAGAGUGAAGAAGCAAGUCAGGAGGAGAAGGCGUCGCGGUUUGAGAAUGAGAAGCGGGAGAGCUUGUUGGUCGCCCCCGCAGCAGACGACAAUGAGUUGCUGUCAUCAGCCAAUUUGUCGUGCUUUGUCGAAGAUGCGGACUUUGGCUACAAGGACUUCAGUCGACGGGGGGAGCAGACACCACCCACGUUCCGGGCCCAGGACUACACAUGGGAGGACCACGGCUACUCGUUGAUCAACCGCCUGUACCCGGAGGUUGGCCAACUCUUGGACGAGAAGUUCCAGGUUGUGUACAAUUUAACGUACAACACCAUGGCCAUGCACUGUGAAGUCGACACCUCCAUGCUGAGGCGGGCCAUUUGGAACUACAUCCAUUGUGUGUUUGGCAUCAGAUACGAUGACUACGACUACGGAGAGGUCAAUCAGCUUCUUGAGCGCAGCCUGAAGAUCUACAUCAAGACCGUGGCUUGUUACCCCGAGAAAACCACCAAGAGAAUGUACGUUUGUUUCUGGAGACACUUCAGACAUUCAGAAAAGGUCCACGUGAACCUGCUGCUCCUGGAGGCGAGGAUGCAGGCGGCAUUACUGUACGCCCUGCGUGCCAUCACGUGGUACAUGACGUGAGCGCGCGUGCGUGGGGACAGCGCGGCUCCCUCUAGAGACCGGCGGAUCUUCCUCACCCUCUGGGAUGGCUGCACUGACAGGACGAGCCCACCACAACCCCAGCCCAUUCCCAAUAUCUGAAAUGCAUAUUAUUUUAGAGCAUAAAACUCCCUCAAACUAUUUACUUGAGGCAACAACGGCGGCGGUGGUGGUGGUGUUGGUGGGAGGGGGAAAGACUUUGGUAUUUUUGCUGUUGUCCUGUACGCGGUGAAUGGUUUUGAAGGUUUGAUCUCGAAGCCAAUGCGCCCUCGUGCUCCUAUCUCCUCUGCCACCACCCUGCCAGAAGCGGGCACUCCUGAAUGUAUCGUCUAGAACUUAGAACUGUGAACUUAGCCAGCUGGGUGUGACACAGCCUACUUUUGUGUUCCAACACUUCUCACUGGUCUUGUAUUUAUUUAUCUUGCGGCUGUUUGAUCCAUCAAGAGAUUUUUCAUGUGUACCCCUUGCUGUCUCCACUCGUUAACAGAACUGACUUUGAACCUGAUGGCCUCCGUCCCGACUUGUGUUGAGGGUGUGAGCUCGGACCCUCUGGGUGGGAAGUGGCGAUGGGGAAUUUGAGAUAGACAGAGGGGUGUCGUUAGAUUCCAAGCCUUGACCUCUUGCAGGUGACAAUUGCCCAGCUUAAAAUCUACUUCUCCAAAUAGAUUUCACCCCAGUCUAUAAUUAAUUGACCCAAGCCCAUAACUUUGAUUGCAGAAAUUGGGCGGCACAGCGGUAGAGUUGCUGCCUCACAGCGCCAGAGACCCGGGUACGAUCUCGACUAUAGGUGCUGUCUGUGCGGAGUUUGUUCGCUCUUCCCAUGUGACCGCGUGGGGUUUUCUCCAGUUUCCCCCCACACUCCAAAAACUAAAAUCCACUCAAAAGACGUGCAGGUUUGUGGGUUAAUUGGCUUCUGUAAAUUGUCCCCAGUGGGUAGAAUAGAACUGGUGUGGAGAUGGUCACUGGUCAGUGUGAACUUUGGGCUGAACGGCCUGUUUCCAUGCUGUGCCUCUACACCUAAAACUAAAACUGAAACAUUUCUUCUCCCCCCGGGAAAGCAACUUUGCAGUUGUUGCUCCAUCUCUGCCUGAGGUAGAUUAAAAGUGCCCGGUUUAGCAAAGGACCCCC